ACGUCCGCACUCGGCGGCGCGCACGUCUGCGGGAGCCCUCUCCAGGCAACCUAGUGCUGAUCGCUCGUGGCGGUGCGGUGGUUCACCGCCCUCGUGGGAACCCGAGGCUCGAGAGUAGCCCCCCUCCCUUUCCUGGGCUUCCCCCUUGCCACUUCCCGAUCGGCCCCGGGGCUUGAGCAGCGAUGGCCGGCUGCAUCCCUGAGGAGAAAACUUACCGGCGCUUCCUGGAGCUAUUCCUGGGCGAGUUUCGCGGACCCUGCGGCGGCGGCGAGCCGGAGCCGGAGCCGGAACCCGAACCCGAACCCGAACCCGAGUCGGAGCCUGAGCCCGAACUGAUAGCGGCUGAGGCAACCGAGGCAUCUUCGGUCGAAGAGCCUGGGGAAGAGGAGGCGGCCACGGUAGCCACGACGGAGGAGGAGGAGGAGCAAGAGCAGGACCGAGACCCCGAGCCCGAGGAGGAGGCUGUGGAGGAGGAGGAGGAGGAGGCGGCGGCGGCGGAGGGCGAGGAGGACGAGGCUGAGGCAGCCCCGGGGCAGUCGGCCGUGCCGCCGCCGCCGCAGCCCCAGCUGCCGCCGCUGCCCCCGCUCCCGCGGCCGCUGUCGGAACGCAUCACCCGGGAGGAGGUGGAGGGCGAGAGCCUGGACCUGUGCCUGCAGCAGCUCUACAAAUACAAUUGCCCUUCCUUUUUGGCUGCUGCUUUAGCCAGAGCCACAUCAGAUGAAGUCCUUCAGAGUGAUCUUUCUGCACAUUACAUCCCAAAGGAAACAGAUAGCACAGAAGGGAGUGUGGAGAUUGAGACGGUGAAAUUGGCCCGUUCUGUCUUCAGCAAGCUACACGACAUCUGCUGCAGCUGGGUGAAGGACUUCCCUCUCCGCAGGAGACCCCAGCGUUACUAUGAGACAUCGAUCCACGCAAUCAAAAACAUGCGCCGGAAAAUGGAGGACAAACAUGUCUGCAUUCCUGACUUUAAUAUGCUCUUCAACCUGGAGGACCAGGAAGAACAAGCUUACUUUGCAGUGUUUGAUGGCCACGGAGGAGUGGAUGCUGCCAUUUAUGCUUCUGUCCACCUGCAUGUUAACUUGGUACGCCAGGAGAUGUUCCCCCAUGAUCCUGCUGAGGCCUUGUGCCGGGCCUUCCGGGUCACUGAUGAGCGGUUUGUGCAGAAAGCAGCCAGGGAGAGCUUAAGAUGUGGGACCACAGGAGUGGUGACUUUUAUCAGAGGCAACAUGCUGUACGUGGCCUGGGUGGGCGAUUCCCAGGUUAUGCUUGUGAGGAAGGGCCAAGCUGUGGAACUGAUGAAGCCACACAAACCAGACAGAGAGGAUGAAAAGCAGCGGAUUGAGGCCCUUGGAGGUUGUGUAGUCUGGUUUGGUGCCUGGAGAGUAAAUGGAAGUCUGUCAGUCUCCAGAGCUAUUGGAGAUGCUGAACAUAAGCCAUACAUCUGUGGGGAUGCAGAUUCCGCCUCUACUGUGUUGGAUGGCACUGAAGACUACCUCAUUCUGGCCUGCGAUGGCUUCUAUGACACCGUGAACCCUGACGAGGCAGUAAAAGUUGUAUCUGACCACCUGAAGGAGAACAAUGGAGACAGCAGCAUGGUUGCCCACAAAUUGGUGGCGUCAGCUCGUGAUGCUGGGUCCAGUGAUAACAUCACUGUCAUUGUGGUAUUCCUGAGGGACAUGAACAAAGCUGUAAAUGUUAGUGAGGAAUCAGAUUGGACAGAGAACUCUUUUCAAGGAGGGCAAGAAGAUGGUGGGGAUGAUAAGGAGAAUCAUGGAGAGUGCAAGCGGCCUUGGCCUCAGCACCAGUGCUCAGCACCAGCCGACCUAGGCUAUGAGGGGCGCGUGGAUUCAUUCACUGAUAGAACUAGCCUGAGCCCAGGGUCCCAAAUCGACGUGCUGGAAGCCCCAGGCUACCUAGAUCUCACACAAAUAGAAGCAAGCAAACCUCACAGUGCUCAGUUUUUGCCACCAGUUGAGAUGUUUGGUCCUAGCGCGAUAAUGGAGAAAAAAUCAGUUCAAUCAUCAUUGCCUGAACGGAGUGGUCUUGGAGUGUUUCCUUCUUCCUUUAAUGUGCGUUCAACAGGGCAGCAGAUAGACAGAAUGGAGAGUCUGUCUCCCGUCUGCUCUAGGUUGGAAAAUGAACAGCUCAAAUUCCCAGGAAAGAGAGUUUCUAGAUUAUCUCAUUUACGCUAUCACUACUCAAAGAGGCGGCAUGGAUUCAGGUUUAAUCUAAAGUUUAAUUCAUUCCUCUCUGCUCAAGAGCCUUCCUACAAAGUAGGCACUAGCCUGUCCUCACUCAUUCGAAGUGGAAAGAGAAAUAGGAUGUUAAGAAGUUCUCUGCCAUGGAGGCAAAACAGUUGGAAAGAGUACAAUGAAAACAUGAGGAAACUCAGAAAGAGUAAUGAUAUUACACACCUAGGUCUUCCUGGGAGCUGUAAAAUAUAAUACGUUCUUUAGAGUAGGUUAGCUAGCUCUCCCCCGGUAGAAACACCACUGUCAGAGUAGAAACAAGGUAGGCAUUUCUGAAAUACGUGUUCACUAUGAAACCAUGGAUGGCUCUAUUCUUAAAUGUAAAUAGAUAUCUAGAAAACUCGAGUAUUUUCAAUUUAAAUAAAAGUAUUGGUGGUUUCACUAGCGAAAUUACACAACCCGUGAUAUAUCUCCACAUCUACAUACAAGCCCACCCCCCGCCUCUCACACCACUAGUGGAAGCUUGUGAAUUUCUUAUUUUUGUCAGGAUGUAGUGUUGAAAUCUCAACGCAGUUGAAAUCUGGUCUGAUGUGCCUAAUAUUAUCUUUGCAAAACUUAAUGCAGACUUACGAUUUAGUUGGGGAAAUGUUCCUCAAAAGACUUGAGGGGGAACCCUUUACCCCCCCUUUUUUGGUAAGACUAAAAGCCAUAUGGGUUUUAACUGGUAACAAUGAAAGUAAAACCUAGUAUAAAAAUGUCAUAUUCUCAGGCUUGUGAGGCGGCAUAUAGUAAAAGAUUUACUGUUUUUUUUUCCUGUAACAUAAAAGACAGUAUUUUUUUGAAUUAAGUAUUUCCUAGGGCUGUAGCUAUUUGGGAGUUUCAUAAUCUGUUAUGGUGCUUUCAGUGGAAUUUUUAUUAUUUGUCAUUUUAGAAGACCUUUGUCAACUGGUUUUAACCUAUGAUGCUAACAUGUUUUUCACUGUACCUUCAUCUCAGGAAUAAAACUGGUUUAAUGGAGAUGAUGUCAGGUACAAAUACACUAGAAUCAGAUUGCCAUUUAAAAAGAAAAUUGAAUAGCAUUCCUAUUUUUUCUGCCUUUAAUAAAAAGUCCCAGACAGCAGAGGCAUAGGAGGGGGAACCCCCAAACCAAGAAUUUAUUAAAAGUUGUAUACUUAUUCGUAUAUGUUUUAAAAUUACAUUUUAUUGAUUAUGCUAUUACAAUUGCCCCAAUUUUCUCCCUUUGCCCUACUCCACCCAGCAGCUCCCAACUUUGUUCAUGUCCACGGGUCACAUGUAGAAGUUCUUUGGCUCCUCCAUUUCUAUACUGUACUUUACGCAUCCCCAUGGCUGUUCUGUGGCCAACAGUUUGGACUUCUUAAAACCCUCACCUCUUUACCCAGUCCUCCAAACCCUCCUCCCAUCUGACAACCAUCAAAAUGCUCUCUGAAUCCAUGAUUCUUUGUUCUUGUUUGCUUAGAUUGUUGACAGGUAUGUAUUUGUUGCCAUUUUAUUUGUUCAUAGUUUUGAUGUUUUUCUUAAGUAAUUCCCUCUAACAAUUUGUGUAAUAAUGGUUUGGUGAUGAUGAACUCUUUUAGUUUGUCUGGGAAACUCUUCAUCUGCCCUUCAAUUCUAAAUGAUAGCUUUGCUGGGUAGAGUAGUCUUGGAUGUAGGUCCCUCCUUUUCAUGACUUUGAAUAUUUCUUGCCAAUCACUUCUAGUUUCCAAAGUUUCUUUUGAGAAAUCAGCUGACAGUCUUAUGGGAACUCUUUUGUAGGUAACUUCUUUAAUCUUGCUGCUUUUAAGAUUUUAUCUUUAACCUUUGGCAUUGUAAUUACGAUGUGUCUUAGAGUGGGCCUCUUUGCAUUCACCUUGUUUGGGACUCUGCUCUUCCUGGACUUGCAUGUCCUUUUCCUUCACCAAAAUUAGGGAAGUUUUCUGUAUUUUUUCAAAUAGAUUUCCAAAUUCUUGCUUUCUCUUCUUCUGGCACCAUGAUGCGAAUGUUGGAACACUUGAAGUUGUCUCAGAGGCUCCUUACACUACCCUUGUUUUUUUGGCUUCUUUACUUCUUGUUUUGGUUAUUUUCUGCUUCCUUAUAUUCCAAAUCAUUGAUUCUCAGCUUUAUCCACUCUACUGUUGACUCCCUGUAAUAUGUUAUUUCAAUUAGUGUAUCUUUCAUUUCUGACUGAAUCUUUUUUAUGCUGUUGAGGUACCAAGUUCCUUGAGCAUCCUUAUAAUCAGUGUUUUGAAGUCUGUAUCUGAUAAAUUGCUUAUUUCCCUUUUAUUUAGUUCUUUUUCGGGAGAUCUUUUUUUUUCAUUUGGGCCAUGUUCCCUUGUCUCAUUUUGGCAGCCUCCCUGUUUGUUUCUAUGUAUCAGGGAGAACUGCUAUGUCUCUGUUUUGGUAGUAGGGUGUAAUGUAGUAGUAUCCUGUACGGUCCAGUGGCACAGCCUCCCCUAUCACCCAAGCUGGGUGCUCAAGGUGCACCCUUCAUGUGGGCUGAGUAUACCCUCCUCCUGUAGUUGAGUCUUGAUUGCUGUUGGCAGGUCAAUGGGAGGGAUUUACCCAGGCCAGUCAGCUGCAGGGACUGGCUGUGCCUAGUGACCCCCAACCUCCUCCCUCUGUGGAGGGACUGCCGUGCAGGAGCAGGGUGGUGACACUCCACCGUGGUCUGUAGCUGUCCACUGGGUACACAGGCUUUGGGGUUCCCCAGUGGUGCAGGCCAAGGUGAGACCCAGUUAUGUUCUGCCUGGGGCCACCCACCAUGAGCUACAAAGCAAUCUGCAGAUGGCUGCUCUUUGUGCUGGGCUUGGAAGUUCCCAGGUAAAGCCAAGCUGUGAAACUUGACUGGCUGCUGCUAGUGUGGGGCCUAGGGCCACUUAGCAAGAGGUACAGGGGCAGGGGCUCACUGAGGCUGGCUUGUGCUCUCCUGAAUGGAUUUAAGAUGUGAAGCAUGAGCCAAGACCAGCCAUUCAUAUGGAAAAGCCACUGUUAACAGAAUUGGGUGGGGCAGGGCCUCAGGGAAGCACCAGGGCAGGGCAGGGCAAACAUUAGCCAGGUUGAUGGAGUCUCAGAUAUGGUUCCUGCCAGCCAGCUCUGUGGUUCUGUGGGAAGAGGGCUCAGAAAAGGAAUAGUGGUCUCUGCCCACUGUUCUUUCUGGGAAAAGGCAGUCCCCCAGAUCUCACCCUGAAGCCUGACACUUUAGUUCCUCCCCAUAUGCCACUGGUGCCUUUCAAGCUGCUUCCCUGGUGCUGGAGCUCAGAGGGAGUCUUAAGUCUGUGUGUGGGUUCUUUGAGAGGAACUGCUUGGAAAUCUAGCAGUUUCUUCCAUUGGCUCAGUCCCCACUGGUUUUUACAGCCAGAACUUAUGGGGAUUUACCUUCCUGGCACUGGAACCCUGGGCUGGGGUGCCUGGUGUGGGGCUGGAACCCCUCACUCCCAGUAUAUCCCUCCCAAAUUUUUAUCCACCACACAUGGUUUAGGGACCAGCCCGUUCCAUGUCUCUACCCCUCCUACCAGUCUGGAUGGAUGUGGGUUGUUUAAUUCCACAGUUGUCAGACUUCCACUCAACUUGAUUUCUGACGGUUAUGAGUGAUGAUCUAUAGUUUAGUUGUGAUUUUGGUUGUGUGAGGAGGCAAGCUGUGUUUACCUACACCUCCAUCCUGACCGGAAUUCUCUAUUCUUAAUGUGUAAACUUCAGUUACCGUCAAAGUACUCUUCAUUUGUAGUACUCUACACCUAUCAAGACUUUUUCCACUGCUCAGAAAAGUUUCUGAACUCAUUGAUUUUGAUGCCUUUUAGUACUUCUGCUGGCAAAAUGUUUCUGUUUGAGGACCUUUUUCAUCUGGGAGAACAAACAGGUGCUAGGGGCAGACUGGGUGACUAGGGAGGGUGGGGCACAAGGGUUAGGCCAUUUUCAGUCAGAAACUGCUGAACACUCAGCUCAGUGCAGACAGGUGUGCUCAUAUCACCCAUCAUGAAAUAGGUAAGUGCAUUGAAAGAGUUUUUGAAAAAUUUCACUGAAGCUGAAUGCAGCUUCUCACAAGGCCAGCUAGCACACUGACGCAGAUGGGUUCCUCGAAUACUCACCUGGUGGGGGAAGCCCAAACUAGAGGAGGCCCGUCCUCCAGAAGAUAAUUCUGGUUUUGUGCCCCCUGUUGCAAAAAUAAGUGGUUUUGGAAAGUGAAAAAUACUAGUUUCAACUUCUCUAUAACUGUUCCCCACAAGGGGAUGCACUGGUGUGAGGGGCUCAAAGCACUGGCUAAAGUGAGCCCAGAGGCCAAGCGCAAGGGGGACGACAGAUGGCUGAGAGCGAGGUCUGCUUGGCUGGAAACGGAGAACACCCCUGUUACAUGCAACUUCAGACUGCAGAGCUAGGACACGGGUUUCUCAGCUCUAUAUUUAUUUGUACUCGAUAUUUUAAAAUGAUCUCUUUGCCAUUUUUGUAGUUUCAAGUUAGAGGCAUAUCCUCAACUAAAUACAGCAAAUAAACUAACAAUCAGGUUCAUUCAGUGAAGCAGCCUCUGAAUCUGAGGUGCAUGAAUGUCUCCACAUGACACUUUACCCUUCCUGGUCAACCACAGACCAGCCGCGUCACUGGACAGGAUGCGCCUGCCGUAGUGCUCAUCACUGACACCAUCAGGGGCACUGAGUGCUCUUGCUGCCUAACAUGUAUGUUUCCACAUAACAAUACAAAUACUUGAUGUCCCCAGAUCCGUAAUGGAGGACUAAAAUUCCUGGAUUUUAAAAAUGGGACUGUAGCAUUCUUUGGGUAAAAACUUUCACUUUAGCAAUGACCAGAUCAUUAAUCUACAGAGUGUAUUUAAAAAAUUUGGAUCUAAGUAGAGAUUUUCAGUACUUGUUUUCUUUUGAGUUUGAAGCCACUUCUUUUCUCAAGGCUUGUGACACAGGCUGAAAAUGAGUCAACAUGGCCCCAACUAUAGGACAGAACCAUCUCACCAGCCAGAGGCUUCACCCCACACACAGACCUCGCGCACACCUUUCAUUUCCUGAAGUCUAGAUCUUGUUAAUAACCCAUCAGGUGCAGUGUCAAUUUCAAAUAAAAUUAUCCAAUAAGGAAACAAGAAAACAGCAGAAUAUUAGUAUAUUACAGUCCAGAGCAUUUAGCUAAGUUAAAAAAAAUAUUUUAAAGAUUCCCCACACUUAUCUAUAGCUAAUGUUUUUUAUCAGAAGAAAGAAAGUGAAAGGAAAGGAGGUACAAGUGAUGGGGUUUUUUUUCCAGUUGGGAAGAAAUGGUUGGAUGGAAUUGGGAUGAACACAGACCACAUCUUCAAGGGUCUGCGUCUUGUAGGUCUGACUACAUAAGCAGUGUGAACUCCAUUCUCAUACCAGUAGCCCUCUAGAAAAUAAAGCAAAGUAGUACUAGUAUGAUCAAGUUGUAACAACAUUGUAAAAAAUAGCAAAUUUUCAUUUGUCCACAACAUGCAUAUUUAUAUAGUUAGGUACCAUUUGUAAGGUAAUUCCUUUAAAAUUCUAGAAUACAUAUUCAAGUAGUGGUUAUUGGUCUGAUAUAUGCUGCUCUUGGUUCUAUAAACUAGAUAAAAGCAGUGCUUUGUGAAAUGCAGUGUUAUAUCUUAAUGCCACUGGUGAUAGAAAGUAGUUCCCUUCAGUUCAAAUCCUGUGCCCUAUUUGCUGCUUGCUGAUGUAAGCAAUAAGUACCCUCUAAUGGUUUCUACACAUUUCUGUAACUUGUACUUAAUGAUGGUGUAUCUGGUGAUUGUAAAAAUAUUAGAUAGAUAUAAAAGUAUCUAUAUAAUAUAUAUUAACUGUUAAUGCUGAGGUAUAGUCUGUGAAUUAUGUGUUUUGUACUUUUACUCACUGUAAUUUAGUGGUGGUGAAAGUUCUACACUCAGUCUUUUAAGAGUGGCAGUAUCCCUUUUUGAAUUUAAAAUGAUCUGCAUCAACUUGUUUGCCUGCUGAAGUUUUGUUAGAAUAGGAAAUAGUAAAACAAACAUAAACAAGAAAGUAUAGUACUGGUUAGGGAAAUACACUUUGUCACCAAGUGAAGUAAUUACAACUCCUUGUACAUUCACUGUGAGUCUCAAAGGGAAUCAGCCCCUCAUUUACUGACUUCCUGGAUGGGUACUGUUAAGGGAGACCUGAAGUUAAGCAGCAGUGUUGCACCAAACGUCCCAUCCCCAUUAGGUCCGUACUAAAGAGGAUGGAGAAACACACAUGUAUGUAUAUUUUCUUUCCCGAGAAGUGCCAUCCAUUUUCCUAGAAUUAACAAAAUUAAAAUUACUGUUGCAUUUAAGAGGAUCCUUGAAAGUAACCCCUUUUCCAGGGACAAUGUCAACAAUGUUAGUGUCAACACUGAGUCUGGUUCUGACCACAUUUAUAGUGGUACAAUGUCUGUGUGGUGGUAUAACGUCACACUGCAUCUCCACGACAACCACACUGCAUUGUUGGAACACUGCCGGUAAGCAGUGCCGUAUCCAACAGGCGGAUGAAAGUGAUGCAGAAAGAUGGUCAGUGUUUACUUCCUUCCCCAUCAAAGGCUGGUCGAGGCUUUGUACGAAAGUGGUCUAAAACAUCAUUUUGAUGUUUAGACAUAAUUUCGUCACUCAGUGAUCAUUCUCACUUAAGCAAGGCCAUAAAAGGUGAUAGGACGCCCCCCCCCCUUCUAUUCUCACCUGUGAACAGCUUGGAUGGUUUUUUCAAGAUAAGAUACCGCCAGUAUUAUAACAUGACUGUUUUCCAAACAAAUGGUACUGUGUGCAAAAAUAACUGUUACUUCCUCUAGCAGCAUUUUAUCUCCUGUUUUGAGGAUUGUUUACUGUAGUAAUUAGAAAAUACGACGUGAGAUAGGACCUCCAGACUGACACAGCAAUUGUGCUGGGAAAGGAACGACUCUGAUGGACUCUGAUGUGUUAGGUAACCCAGAUACACCGCUGGUAACUCCCCACAGAUGCUCUCCGGUGAGGGACGGGCUGUGUUCUCUUGUUCAUGACCCUUCUCUGCAAAGAAUUCUCUACAGAGUGAAGCGAAUGAAGUAAAUCAUUCCUUGCCCAGUAAAUUUACCAAUUUAUGAACCUCUACAUCUCACUUUUGAGUUCAGUUGUAAAUGUGAAGGAUCCUUCGUAUUUUAUUAAAACUGUUCCUUCAGGUAAGAAGUAUGUUGAAAUUUUGCCACUAUCUUAAUAAACCCAACAAUUUAAAGCCACUA